AUGUCAAUCUCAACAAUAAGGCGGCAAGUGAAGAAUGUUGCGUACAACUUCUCAGAUGCCCAGGUUAAAGUCAGAGAGGCUACAUGUAAUGAUCCAUGGGGCCCAUCGACGGCCCUUAUGUCGGAAAUAUCUGAUCUCACCAAUAAUCCAAUGGCUUUUACUGAAGUAAUGUCCAUAAUUUGGAAAAGGUUGAACGAUUCUGGGAAGAACUGGCGUCACGUGUACAAGAGUCUUGUGCUUCUUGAUUUCCUCAUAAAAUGCGGUAAUGAUAAGGUGCGUUAUCAUGUUCCGUUCACAUUGUAG